UGCUCCCCAGCCCGUCUUACCUCACCUGACCCCCACUGUCCCCUCAGACACCGAGAUCGACUGGAAGGCCUACAUGCAGGAGGUGGAGGGGUUUGCCAACGGGACCCUCGACUACACCCAGCUGAAGGGUGACACUGGGCCGCUGGUCUACCCUGCUGGCUUCGUUUACAUCUUCCUGGGGCUGUACUAUGCCACAGGCCGUGGCUCCGACAUCCGCCUGGCGCAAUACCUCUUUGCUGGCCUCUACCUCCUCAACCUCCUCCUUGUCUUCCGCAUCUACUGCCGAACCAACAAGGUCCCCCCGUAUGUUUUCUUCUUCAUGUGCUGCGCCUCGUACCGCAUCCACUCCAUCUUCGUCCUGCGGCUCUUUAACGACCCUGUCGCCAUGGCCAUCCUCUUCCUCGCCAUCAACCUCUUCCUGGAAGAGCGCUGGUCCUGGGGCUGCCUUCUCUUCAGCCUGGCUGUGUCCGUGAAGAUGAACAUCCUGCUCUUCGCACCUGGACUCCUCUUCCUCCUCCUGCAGCGGUUUGGCCUCCUGGGCUGUAUCCCCAAGCUCUGCAUCUGUGCCCUGCUCCAGGUGGUUCUGGGUCUGCCCUUCCUGCUGGUGAACCCUGUGGGGUACCUGACCCGCUCCUUCGACCUGGGUCGCCAGUUCCAGUUCAAAUGGACGGUGAACUGGCGCUUCCUCCCAGAAGAGGUUUUCCAGAAUCGAGCUUUCCACGCUGCUCUGCUCCUGGCUCACCUGGCUGGCCUGGGGCUCUUUGCACUGCACCGGUGGCACAGUUCCAAAGGGAACAUCCUGACUCUGCUGAAGAAUCCUGCCAGAAGGAAACCUGCAUCCCCACCCUUGACCAUCAACAAGAUCAUCUUCGUCCUCUUCUCCUCCAACUUCUUGGGCGUCUGCUGCAGCCGCUCCCUGCACUACCAGUUUUAUGUCUGGUAUUUCCACACGCUGCCCUACUUACUGUGGUGCACCCCAACCACCAAGCUUGCCCACAUGCCCAAGGUGCUGCUGCUGGGUGUGAUUGAGCUCUGCUGGAACACCUACCCCUCCACAGUCUGCAGCUCCCUCUCCCUACACAUCUGCCAUGGACUCAUCCUGCUCCAGCUCUGGUACGGCACAGGCCCCACGCCUGCACCGAGCAGAAAACCUGCAGCCACGUCCAAGAAAGCCCAGUGA